CCGAGGCCAUUCAUUCUAUGUUUAUCAGGUGUGUGUGUGUGUUCAUUCUGUAUCAGCAUAUAUUUUUUGGGCUGAAUUACAAAGCCCUAAAAAUCCCAGAGAGGGAAAAGAAUUCUUACAUACAGAGUGGAUGGUUGGUUUUUGGUUCUGAGAAAUGGUGUCUCAAACCCUAGUGAUCAAAGCUCAUAAACAGCAGCUUUUCUCCAUGUUCUGCCUCCGGGGACUCAUUUGCUCUGUCAAGGAUGUUUACUUUGUGGUGCUUCUGUUGUCUGCUAUUUUCAUUCUAGUCACAUGCAAGCAAUGUUUAGUAAGUGAAGUGCAGAAUCAGUUAGAAUGUGAGGCAUGCAGGUCAUACAGGAGCAAUUUUGAUAACUCUCCAGAAGUAUUUGAUGGUCAUGUUGGACAGCAUAUAUUGUCAAGACAUUCAGUUCAGCAACAUAGUCUUGAAAAUGCAUGUCUGUCUUCAAAUUCAUUUUGUUUCCAAUCGACAUUAACAGAGUUUUUAGUUAAUGAAAUUGAUGCUGACUCAGAGGUAUCAGAUGCUUCUGGGGUUCAAUCUGAAGGUUUUUCAUCUGAGUUAGAGCAAAUGGGGAGUAAAAUGAGCUGGUCGCAUUACCAUGGAAUCUUCAGGUUCUUGGGUGGACAAAGUAUUUCGUGCUCUUUUUACCCGCAAGAUGGUUUCCCUGAAUUUCCAUCUAGUGGUGGGAACAUGAAGAGUGGCCAGCGAGCUGAUGUUUCUUCUUGUAUAAGCCCACUAUUUGGGAAAAAGACUCAGAGUUCAAACUCAGUGGAGAACACUGAGACAGUCAAAUAUGGAUUUUUGGAUGGCAUGUCUACACCACUGGUAGAAAUAAAACCUUCUCUGCUUGAUUGGGGGCAUAAGAAUAUGUAUUAUCCUUCCUUGGCUUUUUUGACAGUAAAGAAUGUUCAUGCUGAUAGUGUCUUGAGAAUGUAUGAUCCUUAUAGUAGCAAUUCACAGUUUUACCCAUGCAAUUCUAGUGAAAUAUUGUUGGCUCCUGGGGAAAUUGCAUCAAUAUGUUUCGUCUUUUUUCCUACAAAUCUGGGUUCAUCCUCAGCUCAUCUAGUUUUACAGACAAGUUUUGGUGGGUUCUUAAUUCAAGCUAAAGGCUUUGCCAUUGAGUCACCUUAUUUGGUGAAGCCUCUUAGUGGUCUCGACAUUUCUUCCAGUGGAAGGUGGAGAAAGAAUUUGUCUUUAUUUAAUCCUUUUAAUGGAGCCCUAUAUGUGGAGGAGGUAACUGCUUGGAUAUCCACUUUCUAUGGAAACACCUCCCGCUUCGAAAUCUAUUUGCCGUGUUCAGAAUAUGGAACAGUCUAGUGACUAUGGUGCUUUGACAGCUAAAGACUGGUUGUCUGUUGAAAGAGAAGAAGUUGGUCAACCCGAAAUUGCAUUGAGGCCGCAUAAAAAUUGGAAAGUUGGUCCUAAAAAAACAGAGACCAUUAUGGAGUUAGACAUUUCGGACCAUUUUGAAGGGAAAAUAGUUGGUGCCUUCUGUCUGAAGUUCCUGAGAUCUCCAAACAAAGAGGUCGAUACUGUAAUGGUGCCUCUUGAGGUAGAACUGAGUCGAAGCCCUACUCCAGACACAGGGCAUGUUUCUUUAUCUCUGGAGGCCUUAGUCCCAUGCAAUACAAGUGGAUCUAUUGUUGUUGCUCUUUCUGUCAGAAAUGAUGCUCCAUAUUUGUUGACCUUUAUGAAGGUCAUGGAAGUAGGGGAAAGUGUAGAAACUUUUCAAAUCAAGUCUGUAGAAGGACUCAUUCUUUUUCCCAGUACCAGCACACAAGUUGCUAUUCUUAGUUUGUAUGCUCUGGAAACUCACGAUGUAAACAUGAACUGCAAAUUACUAAUACUGAUAAAUGACACAAGAAGAUCUCAGAUAGAAAUUCCUUGCAAUGAUGUAAUCAAUGUUGGCUGUGGAAGUGAGUUAAAAUCUUCUGUUGGACAUACAAAAGGGAUCAAUAGCAUUGAUUAUAUAAAUGGAAGAGAGAGAUUUUUCAGUCGCAGCAUGCAGUCACCUUCAAGGAUCAAGGCAGUGGAUGCGAGAGAAGCAGAUGAACUAGUUCUCAGGAAUUGGAAAUCUCAAGCUACUGGGAGCUUCAUGUCUGUUCUUGGUGAGAAUGAGCUAAUAUUUCCAGUGGUUUUGGUGGAAAAUUAUUUUUCUCAGUGGAUAGCUGUCAAAAACCCAAGCCAAGAACCAGUUUUAAUGCAGCUUAUCUUAAAUUCUGCGGAAGUCAUUGAUAACUGCCGGAUAACUGAAAUGCUUUUACAAACCUCUUCAUCCCAUGACUUGGUGUCAAAUAAAUCAAUUGCCCCUACAAGGUACGGUUUCUCGAUACCAGCAGAUGCACUGACUGAAGCUUUGGUGCAUCCCUAUGGAAGUGCAACUUUUGGGCCUAUCCUCUUUCAACCUUCCAAUAGAUGUGAAUGGAGAAGCUCAGCUCUGAUUAGGAAUAAUCUCUCUGGUGUGGAAUGGUUACCUCUGCGAGGAUUGGGAGGCUCACUUUCCUUGGUAUUGUAUGAGGGGUAUGAUCCUGUGCAGAGUUUAGAAUUUAAGUUAAACUUACCAGCUUGGCUAAAUUUUUCUUCUCCAGACUCAUUACACUCUGCAGCAGAUAAAACUCCUUCCUGCUCGCAGCCGUUGACGAAAGAGGUCUAUGCCAAGAACAUGGGUGAUCUUCCCCUGGACGUCUUACAAAUUGAUGUUUCAGGUGCAGAAUGUGGUUUAGAUGGAUUUAUUAUACACAAUUGUAACGGGUUUUCUCUUCAACCUGGAGAAUCUGUAAGGUUUAAUAUAUCAUACCAGACUGAUUUCGCUGCAGCCACAAUACACAGGGACCUUGAACUGGUUUUGGCUUUUGGCAUCAUUGUUAUACCUAUGAAAGCAAGUAUACCAAUAUGCGUGCUUCAUUUCUGCAGAAGAUCAAUGUUUUGGACCAGGGUGAAGAAGGCUAUACUUGUGAUACUUUUUGCAGCUUUUCUGCUAAUUUUCCUCUUGUUCCCCCAUGUAUCAACCUUUGCAUCUCAAGACUUCAAAGGUGGGAAAAACUCCUUUUCUUACGUGACCCAUGCAUUUAAUUCUUUGUAUGUGCGUUUUAAUUGGAAAAGCAGUGGCGCCAUAUCUCCCCAAAUGAAUGGGUUCGUAUCAGUUACCCGUGAAGAGGCAUUGCUCUUGCAAUCGGCUGGUAGAUGUUCUGAGAGCCUUGCCCCUGACCAGGGACCUGUUAGUCCAUCUGCAGGACAUCAGAAGCAAACUAACUCUUUGUUGGAUCCAGAACCAGAAACCAGAUCAGGGUCUGCCACACUGUCAAGACCUUCAUCUGCUGAGAAUUUUGAUAUGCAAAAUGCAUCAGACUCACGGAAUCUGUCUGUCAAGGUUGGGAAAGAGAAAGGAAGACGGAGAAGGAAGAAGAAGAGUUCUGGUGCAGGAGUAUUGCUCUUUGAAGUUUCAAGCAGUCAGAGUGGCAACUCUACGCCAUCACCACCUUUGUCCCCAACCACAUCCAUAACUCUGAAACCCCCAUGGUCAGUUUCUCCUGGUAUGGAGCAAUCUGUGGAAGCUAGAAAUCCAUUUUCUCAGGCACGUCUCCAGCAAAGCAAUAAAAAUAAGUCCUCUGGAACUUCCUCUAAUGUCAAUAUCUUGGAUAACGAGGGUCCUUCAAGAUGUGGCAACAACAAUUGGGCUUCAUAUGCUCAAGAGAAGCCUAGUUUGACAAGGAAAGUGGCUGGCAGAGCUGUUCUCUUACCUUCUGCAACCUUCCCUAGUGCUGGAAGGGCUGUCACACCCUGGACAUGUCAUUCUCCUUUUCUGGCUUCAACAUCUAGAAUUGCUCCACAUGCGCGAGCUCCUGGGACAAAACUUCAUAACCAAGGAACUGGUGGGCUUGAGGAAAAGAUGGGUUAUGAGCCGCAAUAUACUUAUGAUAUAUGGGGAGAUCAUCUCUUUGGACUUCCUUUGACACACCAGUCAAAAGAGGUCCCUAGUAUAACUCCAUUUGUCAUUGAGAACAAUUCUGAGAGCUUCUUUGUAAGGGGCCCGCAAACCCUCAUGACAAAUUCUCUGCUAGAACCUGUAACUGCUGGUUUGGAGGUUGCAGGUCAUAAAAUGGCAUUUAGAUUCACCACAGUUACUACAACAGUUAAGACAGAGUAAGAUAAGGCAGGCUUGUAGUCCUUUAAGGGUGAUGUUGAUGGAAGAUGGGACUGUCGGGGCCUGAAGAUGGAAAUGGCCAGCAAUCAACGGCGAAGCAGUAGCGUUACAAUCAUUCAUGAGUGUGAUUUUCUGGGACCAUUGUCUUUCCCUCCUCACGAGAGCUGGCGCAGACAAAGUUGCAGCUUCGACAAUGACAUGACUAUGACUGCAGAGAGAUAGAUAAAAACCCUUAAAGAAACACAUUUUGUACUGGAGUUUGUGGGUGGUGGUGCCUGGAAUUUGGUCCUAAGAGCCUCUUGGACCACAAUACAUAGACAGCAAAUGAUGGAAGAGGGCAGUCCCCCCUUUUUCUUUUGUUACAUACAGGUUCUAUUACCACCAUGGUUUAGGGCAUUACGCCCUCGGGACUAUGGGCCCCUAAUAGGUACCUGUUGAAACAACCCAAAUUAUUGGAUUUUGGAUGAGUUUUGAUA